AUGGACUCUUCUGCCCAGGCACGCCAGGUUCUGAUCGCCGAUCUCCCGCGAGAAGGUGAUCUCGCGCAUCACACCAACGACGGGCGACCCACCACACUGGUCCGAACCGAGAGCAACGUUGUCGGCGACCCAAACCCAAACCCAAAUCCAAGCCCAGAUUUAAGGCUGAAUCCCGAGCAUUCCGAAUCCGAGCUGCUAUCAUCCGUCGACGUCGCAAGCCUUUAUGCGCAAGUUGCUAGACUCAACGACGCGCUCGCCAAGUUGGAAGAUGAGGUGCGCAGAGUGCCUUAUGUAAACUCGGAGAAGGAGUGCCGAGGCGCCGCGGGGGACGUUGAGCAGCUUCUCGGGAGUUUGGCGCAGCGCGCUGGCAGGAAGACGGGGCUGGAGAGGUGGUUCCCGUGUACAGGGCGGAAGAAGAGGGAUUUGCUGAGGAGGCAUGUCUGUGUUGUGCAGGAGACGUGCGAGACUGUCGGUAUGACGCAUCUGAGGGUCGCUGAUGCGUUUGCUGGGCUCUGUAGGAGGGCAGACGGCCUGGGUGAGGACGUGGAGAGGUUGAGUCAGGUCGUUGGUGAGGCGAGAGAUGGGUUUGAAUGGGAGAGGGCGAGGUGGAAGGUUCUUGGGUGGCAGGAGGGGAUUCUGAGGGAGGAGUUGGAGGGGGUCGAGGCGCGGAUGUCUGCUGUGAGCGGCGAGAGCAGCAGUAGCGGGCUGGUUCCUGAUGGAAAUGGGGACGGUAUUGUUGAUAAUGAGGCUACGACUACGACAAAUGAGCGAGAGGCCACCGUCGCCCAGAUGAAGUUCGAGACGGAGCCAAUGGCGACGCUGCCGUUGGAAAUGGAAGACUACGCACAUAACCCCAUAAAAGACGAUCUUGGUAGUCUUGUUGAGCAGCUCCAGCACCUCAAAGACGCCCGCAACGCCAGGAGCCCCGAAAACGAGAUGGACGAGGUCCGCUUGGAGAUCAUGGCGGCUUCGCUCGAGUCGUUGUUUCUGUUGAAGCACAUAGAUCUCAGCGACGAUCUUCAGAGACGGGUUGGCGCGCUGACAGAGGGAGGAAAGAGGUGUCUAGCCGUCGCUGAGGGGUUGGAGAAGCUUCGAGAUUCGAAUUAUAACGAUUUGGUGGUUGGGUUGGGCGAGCUUGCGAAGAAGCCGGACGCGGAGAGCAGGCGCGAGGGUGUUAAGAAGGUCAAGACGACUGGGCGUUUGGGUGCUUCUCUUCGCGGGGUGACGACGGCGGAGUACCUUAUGAUGAGAUGA